AUGGAUAGCAACGAUCGAACGACUAACGCAGUUAUCCCUGCAUCAAAUUCAAAUAUAAACACGAAGUAUACACCGAAGGUCUCCGUGAAAACCAUCGAUUCAUUGUUUCUUCUUAAUUAUUCCGAUAUACCCCCACCACUAAAUGAUACCUAUACGACUCCGGUAAAUAAUAAGAGCCACUUCGAUUCACUCCGGCAUUUCAAAACUUUCAAUGUAUUUCUUUACAUCGAUAUACCGACGAUAGACUAUUAUAAUGACGAAUUAAAACACAAUAAACUAUCAAAACUUAACAAGAAAUUUAAAUUACAUCGUCUAAAAGAAGCUAUUUUAAAUUCAUUUACUCACAAUAAUAAUCAUUUAUUUUGGGAUUUCCUAAUAGAUCAAUGUUCUAAUGAACCAAGCAUUGCUGAGGGAGGAGAAGGAGAAAAAAAAUCCAUAUCCAUAACCAUUUUAUCCUCGGGUUCACUACGUUAUGUGGAAACAUUUAAAUACUUGAUGGAAACAAUUUAUGGUACUUUAUCCGUAUUGACAAAUUUAAACAAAUUAGAUUUGAAGUUCAAGAUAUCUGUGACGCCGACAACUUUGAAAUGGUUUACCACAUUCUUGAACAAGGAUCUUUUGAACAAAAAUAUUAUUGAAUUCAAUAAUAUUGGAACUUAUAACUCUUCCAUUAAUUCAAUAUCAGCAUCGCCGUUCAAAGAUUAUUUCAGUAAACUAACUAAUAAAUUUAGUAAAAGAAAUGGUCAAAACCCUGAUGAAUUGGAAUCGAUAACAAUAAUAACAAACAAUACAGGUGUGAAGGCGUUAUUAACCAUCUUGUCUGAUAAACCUUUAACAAAUUUUAUAUCACAGGAAUCAAUUCAGGAAUUACACGAAUCAAAUUCCAACUCCAACUCAAAAGCAAAUUCAAACGAAUCAACAACAUCUCCGCCACCAUUAAAGCGAGAAUCAUCAUCAUUAUUAAAUUUUCAAAACUCUUUACUAACGUCAAAUAAAGAUAAAGCCGUAAGAAUAAGAUCAUUAUCGAUAAAUAGAAGAUCAAACAAAGCACAUUUUUUCAAAACUGAGCAAAUAUUAGGCAACACGGUGGGGUCACCACCACCACCUCCUUUAAACAACCAUAUAAUGACCAAAAACGAUACGCUUAUAAAUACAAUAAUACCGACAAAGAAUAUAAACUCAUUAAUUGAUAAACGACAAUUACAUUCAAGAUCACCAUCCUUAUCAUCAACUACGUCCUUGUUAUCGUUGCCCUCUGCAUCUUCUUUUAAUUAUAAGACACCCAUCGCUUCUCCUCAGCCAAUACAUCUGCCAGAUUUUGAUAAUAAUAAUAAUUCAAGUUCAUUCUUACACAGAGACUCUCACCAUUUGGGGAUACAUAAAUUAAACUCAAAUGCCUCCAAUGCAUCAAUUCAAAAUAGUAUAAUUGAAUAUGACGAGGACGAGGACGAGGACGAUGAUGAUGAUGAAGAAGAAGAGGAUGAUGAUUUGGAAAAAUAUGAGGAUGACGAUGAUGAAUGUUUAAGCUUUUAUGCUCCAAGUCUACUUUCUAGAACCGCAUCAACAGUGGACUUGGAAGCAUUGAAUAACGAAACUAAUAACGACAUUAAUAAAAGUAGUGCCACAAUUAGAAGGAAAAAUAGAUUUAGAUCUUUAAGUUUAAUGGAUCCCGCUUUAAAGGGACCAUUCACCCAAACUAAUAACGCUAAUAAUAACCUCUCUAAAGUGAACUCAACUUCUAAUUUUAAAAAUAUUUAUAUUCAUGACGGACAUUUCAUUGGGGAUGGAGCUAAGGUAGGAAAGAAACAAUACACUCCUCCAAAUAAUAAUGCAAAUGGAUUAAUACCACCUGAAUUUUACUCCAGAAUUUCAUCUCCAUCUACUAGUGCAAAUAGUUCGAAUCAAUCUUUGCAAACCUUAAACACUCCCAGCAACAAUAAUAUGGAAACACCUACCCAAUGGACUAAACAAUUGACUGCCCAUGAUGACACUUUACACCACUCCACAUCUUCUACAUCAUUAUUCGAACGGAAUUUGAUUAAUAAAUCAUUUGAAGAAUCGAGAAAGCAAAAAGCCUCUAAUAUAUUUGAUAGAUUAAUCGAAAAAAAUAAUAACAACAAAAAAAUGAAUGAUAUUUCAUUGAAUUUCAAAUCGUUACAAGAUGAGGAUAUAAUGAUAUCAGGGAUAGCCAAUUCAACCUCGGAGAAUUCAGUCAAUUCAAUGUCUACUUGUACUUCUGGAGAACAAUAUACUACAGAAGGUGAAGAUUAUAAUAUGAGAAGCUCCAGUACCGUAAAAAUACCCUCUUCUCAGAAUCAACAGAGUGUGAAGAGAAUUCAAUCAGUGGACAUAUAUGGAGAUGAAGAUCAGAACGUAAACUAUUUUAAUUCCAUGUAUCCAAGCAGUUCAGAAAAAAGAGGGACCAGUUCUGGUAAUAGCUCCAGCACAAAUGUUCCUAAAAAGGAGACUUACAAGAAAGCCGUAUCAAUAGAUCUUUAUGGAGAUAAUAAAGGAAGUACUGAUGACCUAGGGAACUGGAUUUUAGGAGGAAAUGCAAGAUAA